GACCGGUUUGCAGGACGAUCCAAGAACGGCAUCCAGAACAAUCCAUUCGAAGGGACAACGCGCUUCUUCCCCGCUUGAGGCCUCGUUUGAAGGCUCUAUUUUUUUCGUUUGGUUCGAAAAGAACGUACGUCCAACACUCGGACCAAUCAACAAACCAACGAAGAAGCUAUCGAAUCAACGAAUCAACGAAUCAACGAAUCAGUCAGUCAAUCAAUCAUUCAGCUUCUUGGCAUUCGCCGUUGUUGUCCCCGAUUCCAUCCUCCAUUUGAUAAUAUUUCAUGAGCACGUCUUCCUAGAUACCAAAGAACAGAGAUUGCGAUGUUACGGUGACACGUUCGAUUGGAGAUUGCACAAGGAACACAAGAAGUAAUCUACAGUACACAACACGCACCCGAUCGGAACGACACCGGGCAAGCAUGACACCACCCGACAUCGAGAAGUACGUCAUCCUGGCCUCGGACGCCUCGGAUCUCCGGCUCCAGCAGCAAGCGAACGUCUUUCUCAACCAGUGGGUCGCCUCCAGCAGCGAUGCCGUCCUGGCCGACGCCAUGACGGAGCUCGUCCGGUUGACGCAGCGGGAGGUCGUCCUCUUUUACGCCCUGACGGUCUUCUCGAGGCUCGACCACGCGGGUCCGGAGCGGCGGUCGGCCUUUCGCUCGGAAAUAUUUUCGCAGCUCCUCCGGUCCUCCUCCCUCUCGCAGGGCGACGCCGCCGUCAUCCCGUUGGUUUCCACCGGCAACAACUACCACAACCGGUCCUCCUGGAGCCCCACCUACCUGCGGACCAAGAUCGGGGUGUUGCUGGCACGGUUCGUCCAGCUGGAUUUCCCGCACGCCUGGCCGUCCGCCUUUGACGACCUGCGGGCGCCCCUCCUGCUGCAAACCGAGUCCGACAUUUUCCUGCGGACCCUCGUGGCGCUCACGGACGACUUUGGGAGGGACGAAACCGAGGUCAACACCAAGAUCAAGGACCUGAUGCGGGGCUACGACGACUCGAGCAGCCUCGUCGUCGCCCCGGACCAGAGCAUCUCCGGCCAUCUCCUCGACACGGUCCUGUCGAUACUGGAGCGGGCCCUGGUGGAAACCAGCGGAAGACCGGACGAGCAGAUGCAGGUCUACAGCGUCCUGUCCCUGACGGUUCUCAAGGGGUUCUUGUCGUGGGUCGACAUCACCCUGGUGACGGGAAACGAGAAGGUCCUGCGGUUGAUCUACGCCGCCCUGGCGAAGGGCAGCAAGGUCGACGCGGAACGCGCGGCGGACGCCGGGGUGGUGGCGGUGGAGUGCAUGGAAGAACUCAUCGCCCGGGGGAUGAACGACGAGAAGAAGCUGUCCAUGCUCGUGCACACGAAGGUCUUGGAAAAGAUACACGCGCACGUGGAUUUAGUGACCGUCGACGCCAGCUCGAUCGACGUCGUGAUGGAGGUCGCCAGGUUCAUCAACCGCACCGGCCUGGAGAUCCUUCCGAUUGUUUUCGAGCGGCAGGCACAACAACAGCAGCAGCAGCAGCAGCAGCAGCAACAACAACAGGGCGGACUGGCCGACAGCAACGACGUGGCUACCCUGAACAACCAGCUGAUCGAUUUGUUCUUUCGGUGUUUUGCCUUUGACGACAUCGAUGUCUCUGGGGCCGUCAUACCGCUAGCUGCUUCGCUKGUUUCGCUGUCMGAUCCGGCGCAGUGUCCCAAGCAGCAAGAAAACCUUCUCCCGAAACUCUUGACCAUUACGUACAACCAAAUGAGGUAUCCUCCCGAUUUUCAGUACGACUUUGAAGACGACGACGAAGCGGAGGAGGAAAUGUACCGGACGGAACUCAGGAAACUCAACAAAAAAUUCGUUCGCGCGAACCCCGACCUGUGCCUCCAGUUUACCUGCCAGAUCCUGUCCCAGCUCCCCCUCCCGCUCUCGACCGCUCCAACCCCGAACGUCGAGGUCGCGAUCAGCCUGGUGUAUCAAUACUGCGAGGGAAUCCGACCUCCCCCCGGAAUGAAAGUGGUGAUGCGGAACGAAACAUUUUGCAACCUCUUGGUCGGCCUUCACACGAGCGACAUCACGGAGCAUCCACACAGGGAGAUUUUGAUUCUGUACUACGAAACCAGUGUUCGAUACUACCCACUGCUCAAGGAACGGUCGGACUUGCUGCAAAAAGUGCUGGGCGCAAUUACCGGGACACGGGGACUCCAGCACGAAGACGCGAAAGUAAGAUCCCGAUGCUGUUACUUGUUGCUAAGACUCAUCAAGUCGAUGGGAACCUCGGGGAACAAAAAAUCGGGUGGAAAUUGCUUGUUGCGACCAUACGUGGAAACAGCCGUUUCCGGGAUCCAGAGCCUGUUGGAGAACAAGAGCAUCGAGCUGCGCGUCGACGAUACUCUGAAUCUCUUCGAAACCAUCGGCCUGCUUUUGGGAAAGAAUGGAUUGUCUCCUUCCGAGCAAGGCCAGUACCUGACACAAGUCAUGACGCCGCACGUUCGCUCCAUCGAAACCAUUCUCAAUGACAAGAAACACGAGCUUGCGCAGGAUCCCGAUGCAUACGGAGAAACACUAUCGAAUUCCGUCGCCGCUAUUGCUUAUCUGAGCAAGGGGUUUAAGAAACCACCAAUCGAAGUCCAAAACGUCUUGCUCGAAACGCUCAAGGUUGCGUUCUCGGUUUUAGAAAUGCUACCAAACAACGAAGAAGUCCGCAACAAGACUUACAUAUUCGUCCAACGCCUAAUCCAGUGUUUGGAGGACAAGGUUUUAGAUGUCAUGCCCCGUCUCCUAUUUAUAUUGAUCAAACACUGCAACUCUGGGGAUAUCCUUGAUGUUUCUCAGCUGAUAAACCAAUUGUGCAUCAAGUUCAGAGCGAAAGCCAUGUGUGUUUUGGAUAGCAAUCUACUGCCCUUUUUGCAAAAAUGUCACCACCUCUCCAACACGGUCGUUUCGGAGAACAGCAGUGCGCAGGAACGCCACCAAGGCGAGGAUGCUACGGUUGCACCACACCUUCGCACCGAGGAACUGUCGAUUCAGAAACUUUCUUUUGCCGUUCUGAACCACGUCGUUGCAAACGAUGUCACGGGAGUCCUGUUGUCAUCUGCUAAUGCUUCGAGCCUUGAAGCGAUCUUGCAAUCCAUGAGCGAAGGGGCUAUCAACGUCGAAGAUUCUUUGAUGAAGAAGACAUGCCUAAUUUUCUUUAGGCUUUUGCUCAAUCAAUGGGUGCCAGAUGUCAGAGGCACAAACAUCAGUGGUGGUGCACCAGAGUUCGUUGUUCAGGGCUACGUUACAUUUGUUUGCGAUUCCCUGAUUCCGGGCAUGUUUCAGGUUCUUCUCCGCACGGAUGGUGUAUUUGAUGUCGACGAUGCCAAUGACUUUCGAGUGCUUGUCGAGUUUGCUCGAAUUUUAGAAAUUCUCAAGGCCCGUCUUCCCGAAGUAUCGGAAAACGCAAUCACUAGAAUUUUCAUGCAAAUCCAGCUACCUCCACCAAUGGUGGAUGGUUUCCGUUCUGCGAAUACCAUGAAAGAGCUUGAGGAAUGCUUGCAUGUCUUGGUGCGAAAGAAUCAGGAAUUCAAACAAAACGCUAAAAUAUGAAUCAAUCAUAGUUAAACAUGCUACUCAUAUUCUGUUAUUCUUCAAUAUGUGUAUUUCCGACAAAUGCUUAGUGUU